AUGGACGGGGAAUACAUAGCAGUGGAGCACCCGUCGCCGUCGCCAGCUUAUCCGGGCUAUAGCUCCAGCGGCACCGUCUCCGUGGCCGGGCGACAUCAGCGUUCCGUUGGCCAGCGAAUGCCCGCCGGGCAUUUAAUACUCCUGGCCCUUCUGCUGGGCACCCUGGUGAUCCUCCUCUAUGCCUACUGGGACGUAAUGAUGAUAACGGCUGGCGCCUCUCCCAUGGCCAGACGCCACGAGGCCAACGCCAACGAGACUCUGUCAGAGAAGCUGCAUCGAGAGGUGCGGAUCCUCUGUUGGGUGCUAACCACACCCAAGUACCACAAGACCAGGGCUGCCCAUGUACUGCGCACUUGGGGCAGACGCUGCAAUAAGAUUCUAUUCAUGACCUCGCAGCCGGAUGAGGAACUGCCCACCAUGGUGCUGACCAAGCCGGAUCGAUACGAGGUGCUGUGGGGCAAGACCAAGGAGGCGUUUACGCGCCUCUAUGAGGAGAUGCGCGACGAGGCCGAUUGGUUCAUGAAGGCCGACGACGACACCUUUGUGUUUCUGGAAAACCUCAGAUAUAUGCUGUACCCUUAUUCACCCAACACAUCGAUUUAUUUUGGUUUCAAUUACAAGAUGAUAGGAACGCACCCAAAGAAUUCGUCCUACAUGUCCGGUGGCAGUGGCUAUGUCUUGAGUCGCGAGGCAUUGAAAACCUUUGCCGAGGGCCUAAACGAUACCACCAAAUGCCGCCAGGAGGACGACCAUGCCGAGGACGUAGAGAUGGGCAAAUGUCUGUUCAAUCUGGACGUCAAGGCCGGUGACUCGCGGGAUGAACAGCUUAGAAAUCGCUUCUAUCCCACUGCCCCCUUUGGAGCCCUGCUCUCGGGCAAUGUGGGCAUGGACUUUUGGCUCUACAAAUAUGCCUACUACAAUGCCCGAACGUGCAUGGACUGCCUGUCGGAGUACCCGGUGGCCUUUCACUACGUGAACAGCCAGCAGAUGUACGUGUACGAGUACUUUAACUACCAGUUUCAGCUGGCAGGCAGGCAGCAGGUGGCCGAACGGCUGCCAGCCAAGAUCCGGGAGCAGGACCUGGUCAUUCCCGAGAGCGACAACUCGGUGUCCUAGGAGGGAGUCCCCAUUUGCCAGCUUCCCCCACCAACCACAACAAUCUCUGCUUUACUCUAUAUAUAUAUUUUUUUUUUUUCGUGUGUUUAUUUAUCAUAUAGUUAAUAUAUUAUGGUUAUAAGGCGAACGUGCCAAGACUA